ACCCCGCCUCCACCAACGUAACCAAAUCGUCUCGACCUGCUCUGCAUGAAGUUGACUGCUCUUUAAGGAAUCCGUAUCAUCUCGGGUCAGGAAUCUCUCGUGACGAGCGGAUCAGCCUAUCUUUCGCUUCCAAGGCUUAGCGACGCACCCCACCGUCUUACGCGAACAGAUCCAACCCGGACCGCAAUUGCGCCCACCGAUGAUAUAAAAGGAGACAUCUCGAUGCAUCAUGUAGGACUCACACCACUUCUCCUCGCUUCUGCUGCCACAAUGGGAUUCCUCUCACUUACGACUGUCGCGUUGACGCUCUUGUCCGCGACACAUCUCUUUGCGCCUGCUACUGCCAUUGCUGAUGGUAACUGUACGAGGUCUGUGGAUUUCGAUCCGAGGGAGGCUACGAUCGAUGAUGUGCACCGGGCCAUUGAGCUCAAGGGCGUGACGUGCCGUGAGAUCGUUCAGUCGUAUAUUGAUCGUAUCCAGGCAUACGAUGAUCAAGGUCCGGCGUUGAAUGCUGUGUGGACGGUGAAUCCGUAUGCGCUUGACUACGCUGACGAGAUGGAUGAGGCGAUUAUGCAGCGAAAUGGAUUCAUGCUUGGGCCGUUGUAUUGUGUUCCGGUGUUGUUGAAGGAUAAUUAUGAUACGUUCGACAUGCAUACCACUGCAUCCUCCCUCGCUCUUCGGGAUGCGCAGCCGGCUGAGGAUGCACCCUCUGUCGCUCGACUCCGUGCUGCUGGGGCGAUCAUCCUCGGUAAGACGAAUUUGCAGGAGUAUGCUGCCGCCUCCGGUGUCUCCAACUCCUCUCUCGCCGGCCAAGUCAAGAACCCAUACGAUCUCACACGCACGCCGGGUGGUUCCUCAGGUGGAACGGGUGCCGCCGUUGCUGCUUCUUUCUCGGUCUUCGGAACGGGGACGGAUACGGUAAACUCCAUCCGGUCUCCAGCAUCCGCGAACUCGCUUGUGGGGUAUCGUCCGAGUCGGGGGUUGUCGACGCGUGCGGGUAUCGUGCCUGUAUCGACUACGCAGGACGCGAUCGGACCAAUUGCGAGGACAGUCCGUGAUGCGGCGAUUGCGGGUGCUGUGAUGAAUGGGUAUGAUCCGCUCGACAACGUUACCGCGCUCGGGUAUGGGCAUUUCGAGAGUGAUUAUGUCAAGUAUCUCAGUCUGCUUCCGGCGUUGUCGUCAUUGAGGAUUGGUGUUGUUGACGGGCUUCUUUCGAGGGCUUCGGAUAAUGAGACGAUGCCUGUGAAUGUGAUUAUGAAUGCGACGAUUGCGCAAUUCGAGGCUGCGGGUGCGGAGAUUGUUCAUAUUCAGGACCCUGUGUUCAACAUUACCACACUUGCGUCCAACUAUGACGUACAGAUCUACGAGUACGCUGCCUUGAUGGACGAAUACCUCUCUCGACCGAACUACACCGCCCGGUACCACUCCUUCGAGGCGUUGUACCAAUCAGGCGAAUGGGACCAAGUCGUACUUGGCUCGUUCUUCGGGCAGGCGGCAACGAAUAACAUGUCCACCCCCGCCUAUGUCCAAAAACUCGCCGCAAUCGAGCAAUUGAAGAUCAGAGUCGCCACUUACUUCGCAGACCAGAACCUCGACGUCAUGAUUUACCCUCAACAGCAACGCCUCGUGGUACCCAUCGCCAACAAUAACGGGCAAACGGGACGGAAUGGGCUUCUUGCCGCACUUAUUGGUGCUCCCGUAAUUGAUAUUCCGAUGGGGUUCUCAAAUGCGACGGAGAGCGCGCCGAGGGGCAUUCCGGUCGGAUUAGAAGUUAUGGGUACGCAGUUUGCGGAUGGGAAGGUGUUUGGGAUUGCGGGUGCUUUGGAGGGGGUGUUGAGGGCGAGAAAGGCACCCUUGAGUACGUGGGAGAUGGUGUGAAAUGGAAAAUGCGUGAAGACGAUUUUUUGGGUGCAGU